AUCCAUCGUCCGUUCAUAGAUCUGUCGUGCGGCUUCAAACGUUUUUUUCUUCGCGAUACCUAGAUGUUUUUCCAACGAGAAUCAAUUCAAUUUAAUUCACGAAGCAUUGCGACUCCAGCUUCGGAUUUAGUUCGAGACGUUUUUUGAUAUCGACGAAUAAUCGGCGCGCAAAUGGCAGCGAAUGCACUCGAGGAGAAGAUCAACAAGAUAAGGCAACAGAAUGAGGAAAUUAGGAGGAGGCACGAGGAAGUCGAGGAGGAUAAGAAAAAUGCGGCUAAAUUGAACGCACUGGUGCAAAUGGUACCGUCUACAGAUUGGCCGGAGAGGAAGGAGCCGCCGGAAUUUUCUAAUCCACCUAGGACGAGUAGUAGCAAGUCGAAACCUGCCAAGGAACACCAUGAACAUCCUCAGCAAUACCAGCCCGCGGGUGGUGAAGGACGAAAAGUUCAUACCUUUGCUCAGGGACAAGGGCCUCCACCUGAUCCUAAAUACAACUUCCUUGCUGACGCUGAGAGAGAGGAAGGUGAAAAAGAGAUCACAAAGGACAACUCAAAUAGAGGGCAAAAAUAUUCGAGAGGCAUGUUCAGGAGGAAACCUGGAGGGAAGGAUGGGAUGCAACGAGAUUAUAGAACGAGCAGAGGAUUGCACAGGGACGAGCAUCAGCCGGAAUACGAAGCUUGGAGAGCCGAGAGGAAUCGUAUCGAUGAGGAUCGCAUCAGCAGACAGAGAACUGCGGAGGGUAAUUGGCGCAGAGAAUGGGAUAACGACAAGGCGCACAUUGUGGACGAAGUGGCGAGAUCUGAGGCUAAAUUAGGGGAUUACGUAAAAAAGGACUAUAAAGAUUAUGAUAGGAGAUACCACGUUAAUGGAAAUGAUUAUGCAAGCCAUAAUCGCGGCGCUGGUCAUCGUUCUUAUCGGGGAAGUUCGAGACAUUUUCAUAAUAAUUAUGAAAAUAGUUCCAAUAAUACGUAUCAUCAGGACGGGCACGUUAAAAAUCCCUCCGAAAAGAGAACCGUCAUCGCUACCGACAAGAGCAUAAAGGUUACGCUGAAUCAGGGAAACAUGGGGAAGGGUCCAGUCAUGAGUGUCAAAGUAAACUCGCCGAGUAUUGCUGGAACGGGACGAGUCGGGCCGCGACAGAGGAGUCGCGUAACGUACAGCAGUCACGCGGACGUUGAGGUAGCCUUCCCCGAUGCCGAGCCCUUUUCACGCCCGAAGUCGUACGAGGACAGACCUAAGGGCGUCUAUCACGAGAAUCAGCACAAAGCCUCGAAUUCGCGAAAGUCGCAGCUUCCACCGAAGAAAAAGGACUCCAGCAAUAAAUCUCCUUACCUCCGUAAGAAGGAGAACAGGAAAGACGAUGAAGGCCUGCAGAAAUGUGAGACGGAAUCACGGGAAGAAAAUAUGGAGUCUAAGGAGUCACAAAUGUCUUAUGAAUCUAAACCUCAAAGCGAGAACGCUGAGGAAAACGUUGCGGAGCCGUUACAGGAUGGUGAGAUUGUGACGACUGCGAACGAAAGAGAGGGCAAUCUAAUUUCUUCUGGAGAUUCUGACAUGAAUGAUACAGAAAUAAAGAACACAGACAAUCCGAAUAGCAGUUUGAAUUCGCCCGUAAACGAGAUAAGGGAAGCUCAUGCAGGCAAGGAAGAUGAGGCGGAUUUGCAGAAUUUAGAUUUACCUGCGACUGAAAUUGACACGGUAAUUGAAACGUGUGAAAAAGAUGGAGAGGUGGAAGAUAAGUUGGAUGAGUCGCCAAAUGUUCAAGCAGCCGUGACAUCCGAGUGCGAAACUACUGAAACGAAUUUGAUCGUAUCGACAGUAGAGGACGACAAUGAUGAAAAUGAGACUAAAUGCGUGGAGAACUCGUCAUGUGACGCUGAGAAAGAUACCAAGGAAACCGCAAUGGAAAAUGAAGACCACAAUUCUGAGCAAACUAAUGAAAUCUUAAGCGAUAACUGUGAUACACAAACUAAAGAUAUGAGUGAGCAAGAAAACGAUAUUAAACACGAUGCGGAGAGCUCUCCAGAAGAAAAAGAAGUAGUUAGUAUUACGACUACAGCUGACGUAGAUUAUGUAGCAGAACAAAGUGAUAAACUGAAAAGCGAGGACCUGAAAGCCUUAAAGGAAGAAGAGAUGUUGACUAUGGACGAUAAAGUUGCUAUUGCGGACGAAAAGAUUAACGGUGACAAACAAGAUGAAGCGAAAUGUAUUGAUGAAGUUGAAGAGCGCACAGAUGAUAAUGAGAAAGAGAGUAGCGUCGCAAGUAGCAUCGUAGUUGAUAAGAAUCUCUAAAAGACGAUUCUAUACGUAGAGGAAAAAAGGACAGCUUCGAGUGAACUAGAACUAAUAAAAUAAGAAAGAGAGAGAGAGAGAAGUGCGAAGUAAAAAGAAAGAAAAAGUACGAAAUGUUACGACGUAACUGUAAGUUACCGAUAAUGUGUGAUAGGAGACAAAGCUUUUAUAAAUAUUUGUUGAAAUGCGUGAUAUAUAUUUCAAAAGUUAAUUUUUAUGGCAAUAUACGAGUUGAGAAAAUCAAGCUAUUCGAAUAGUUCCCAACGAAUUCUUAUUUUUGGAACAAGCAUUCGAGAAUGUUACGUAGAUAACUGCAAGUUCGCUGAGUGAUAAUACAUCGCAAUUCUAUUUUUUGUUCCAGAAUCUUACACAUAUAUGUGCAUAUAUAUAUAUGUGUAUAUAUAUAUAUAUACAUAUAUACAUAUAUACACAAUAUGUGAAUAUAUAUAUACUCUGUUAUCUGUUUAAUUUUGUUUCUCUGAUUCAUUUAAGAUUGCUCUAAAGUUCGACUAAAUAAAUGCUAUACAUGUACAUGUAUGUAUGUAUAUGUAUAGCACGAUUUUCCGUUUAUAGAACUAUAGCAUUUUUGUAAUAGAAAAAAAAAUAGCGAAAUAACAGUCAUUGUGUAUGACAUCUCCGAAUUUUUAUAUAAAAUGUAAUGAAAGGAACGUUCACUCCUGUUCAAGUGACAAUCAAAGAAUAUUUUGGCACAAGCAAUAAUAAAAAGAAACGGGAUGUUUUAGAUCAAGAGCAGCUGUGAGAUUAAUAAAUUCUAAUUAGAUUUCUAACAAUGAUUAUAUCUUAAUAUUAGAGCAAAGAUAACUUUUACCGAUUGACGAUGUUAUUUGAAUUUGUAGUUUAUAUAUACAUAUAUAUAAUUAUUUAUAUCAUAUUAAUAUUUGUUUUUUUUUUAUAUUUUUGUUUUUCUCGUUGCUUGUAUGAUUCGUUGACAGAUUAUUAGAUAGAACUCCUGGAGGCUCAUGCGACUGAAAUCAUAUCUGAAUUGAUCGACUUAAACUUCUUCGAAGGAAUUAAAUCAUAUAGAAUAUACGCACACAUUCUAUUAUUAAUUUUUUGAUACUUAGUAUAUCAUAUUAGGAAUAUUAGUAAUUAGACUCUCGUCGAAAACGACGAUAAUGUGUAAGUGAGAUUUCUAGAUUUUCUCAAGAGCACUUCUUUCGAAGCUAAUUCUGUUGGACAUAUAAACUCUUUUCUUAUUUUCUUCGUUAGAAAAAAAAAAUGUGACGCGUUGCCAUAUCCAUACAAUGUUUUUUCAAGCCUCCAUAAAACUGUUACUUUCAAUCAAUAGUUUUCAGUCAUAGCAUUUCUGAGAUUAUUCUAAUGUGAAAAAUAGUAAUGAAGCAUUGUUAAUAAAUCUAAUUAUAUAAUAUAUAUUGUCUAACGAAAUCUA